AUGGCAAGUGCCAAGAACGCAGUCAGCCAGAGUGCAGUGGCCGUGGGACUGGCCGAUCUGCAGAAUGACAAUGUCGACUUCUCUCUCCUGGAAGAGGCUUUUGGAUCCUCCAGUCUCGGCAUCGUUCUCGUGAGAGAUCUUCCGCCAAGAUUUCACGAGCUGAGACAUAAGCUGCUCUCUUACGCCUCUGCCUUGGGUAAUCUUCCUCGGGACGAGCUGGAGAAGCUCGAGUCUCCAGCAUCCAAGUGGCUGGUGGGAUGGUCAUGUGGAAAAGAGACGCUGAAGGAUGGUCGUUACGACACCCUCAAAGGCUCGUAUUACGUCAACUGUGCAAGAGAGUUUGACCAUCAGCAAAAGUCGAUUGCUGAAAAGUAUCCAUCGUUCCCAGAAUAUACUGCACCCAAUGUCUGGCCUUCUGAAGAACUUCUACCGGGCUUUGAGGAGACUUUUCGCCAACUCUGCGAGCUCAUCAUCGGCAUUGCUGUUCUAGUGGCUCGCGCAUGUGACAAGUAUGCCGAAGCGAACAUUGAAGCAUAUCAAAAAGGCUAUCUCGAGCAUGUGGUCAAGACCAGUAUCUCGACCAAGGCUCGGCUUUUGCAUUAUUUCCCCAGUCCACACAACCCACUUGGCGAGUCUGGCGGCGAUGAGGAUGACUGGUGUGCAACACAUCUUGACCACGGUUGUCUCACAGGCUUAACGUCUGCCAUGUUUGUUGACGAGGCCGGCCAACCGCCCCAAACUGGAUCAGCAUUCUCGCCCCUCGAGGAAUUGGAAGGUUCACCAGACCCCAAGGCUGGGCUGUAUAUUCACUCGCGGACCGGCAAAGUGGUCAAGGUCAGCAUCCCGCGUAAUUGUCUCGCAUUCCAGACUGGCGAGGCUCUUGAGGUCAUCACUCACGGAAAAUUCAAGGCCGUACCCCACUUUGUGAGGGGCGCUGGUCCAGGGGUUGGCGGUAAAGUAGCGAGGAACACUUUGGCUGUCUUCACGCAGCCGAAUCUGUGGGACAAGGUCGACGAGCAUCGAGAUUUCGCAGCGUUUGCGCGGCAGAUUGUGGAAAAGAACCACUAA